UGUUUUCACUUUUGGAUCACUCAUGAUUUACACCAGCUUUACAACAAGUGGUCCUCGAUCAUCAAUCAAUCAAAUAUCAACAUCAAUCUAUGCAAGAUCUUAAUCAGAGUCUGAUCAUAACAUAAAUUAAGUUCUAAUUUCUAUCUAGGACUAUAUACAAUUAGUGACAAAUCUAGUUUAUAUCUCGAAUUUUUGUUGUAUAAACUGGAUUUUGUGCAUUAAUUUUUUUUACUGACUAUAACGCUGUGUUAAGGCUAUGGAUUUCCGCCGUCUCAGCUAUUGCUGUCGGCGAAGAUUUUUAAAAUAUUUCAACAUUUCUUCAUAUUUUUCAAGCUCAGGGAAUUCUAAUUAUGAUGUGAUAAUUGUGGGUGGAGGGCAUGCGGGAACUGAAGCAGCCGCAGCAGCAUCACGUAUGGGGUGUAAAACUCUUCUUCUCACUCAAAAGUUAGAAACAAUUGGAGAAAUGUCAUGUAAUCCAUCAUUCGGAGGAAUCGGAAAAGGACAUCUAAUGAAAGAAAUUGAUGCACUUGAUGGUGUUUGUGGACGAAUUUGUGAUAAGAGUGGAAUUCAUUAUAAAAUGCUUAAUAAAGCCAAAGGACCUGCUGUAUGGGGACCAAGAGCUCAGAUAGAUCGCUCAUUAUAUAAAAAGUUUUUGCAAGAGGAGCUCAAAAGAACCGAAAAUUUGAAUAUUAUGAGUGGCACUGUAGAAGAUUUAGUUCUUAAAGAAAAAAGUGAAAAGGAGAAAAAAUUUUUAAUUUGCAAGGGAGUGAAAUUGGGCAAUGGUAAAGAAAUUUUUAGUAGAACUGUAAUCAUAACUACUGGAACAUUUUUAAGAGCGAGCAUUAACAUUGGGUUAGAAAGUAGGCCUGCUGGUCGUAUGGAUGAUGAACCAGCCAUUGGCUUGGCUCUUACUUUAGAAAAGGCCGGUUUUAAGUUAGGUAGAUUAAAAACUGGAACACCUCCCAGACUUAAAGCAACAACAAUUGAUUUUUCAGAAGUUCAGUCAACUGCUCCUGAUAAUCCUCCAGUUCCUUUCUCCUAUAUGAAUACCAAAGUGUGGAUAAAACCUGAAGACCAACUUCUUACUUAUUUGACUUUUACUAACUCUCAAGUAAAUGAAAUAAUUUUAGAAAAUCAACAUUUGAACAAACAUGUCAUAGAAGAAGUACAAGGCCCGAGGUAUUGCCCAUCAAUUGAAUCAAAAGUGCUAAGGUUUGGUGGUCAUCCUCAUCAAGUUUGGCUGGAACCUGAAGGUUUAAAUUCAGAUCUUGUUUAUCCUCAAGGGCUAACAUGUACUCUUCCAGCCAAUUUGCAACAAAUAAUGUUAAGAUUUUUGCCAGGCCUCCGUAAUGUGACUAUGGUGCGUCCAGGAUAUGGCGUUCAUUAUGACUUUAUUGAUCCAAGGCAGCUGAAGCCUUCUCUUGAAACUUAUAAAAUUGAAAACUUAUUCUUAGCUGGUCAAAUAAAUGGGACCACAGGAUAUGAAGAAGCAGCUGCUCAGGGUAUUAUUGCAGGGAUUAAUGCUGCCUGCAAAGUUCAAGAAAAAGAUCCUUUUGUGCUGAGCAGGACUGAAAGCUAUAUUGGCGUUAUGAUUGAUGACCUCACAACUCUUGGAGUUUCUGAGCCCUACCGUAUGUUCACAAGUAGAGCUGAAUUCAGACUUUACCUAAGGCCUGACAAUGCAGACUUAAGGCUAACUGAUAAAGGCUACCAAGUAGGAUGUGUUUCUCAAGAAAGAAUGGACCAUUUCUCCUUCAUCAAAGACUCCUUAAAUAAAGCAAAGGAAGCACUUCAGAAUGUUUCCAAAACAGCCAAAGAGUGGAAACUUCAACAGAAGAGUCCACUAAAGAAAAAUGGAUUGGAGUACCUGAGAGUUUCUGAUGCAAACUUAGACUGCAUUAUGGAGUAUUUACCCCCACAAUUUAAAGAAUCUGUGUGGUCAACACAUUUACUCUCUCGUUUACAUGUUGAAGCUAUGUAUGCUGUACCUGUUGAGCGACAAAUGUUAGAAAUUAAAGAGCUUAAAGAGGAAGAGGAACUAAAAUUUCCUGAUGACUUUGAUCAUAUGAUGCAAAAUAUUCAAUUAUCUAAUGAAGUACGAGAUAAACUUUUAGAAGCUCGCCCUUCAAGUCUUGGUGCUGCAAGACGAAUUCCUGGUAUAACAGCCUCUGCUUUAACUUCUUUAUUGUAUUAUGUAAAAAGGCAGAAAACAUCAUAUAAUUUAUAGGCAUCAUUUUCUCCAUAUUUUGUAAAUAAACUUUAAUGAAACAAAGAAAUU